AUGUCAGAGAUAAAAAUCCCUUCGAUCUCAAUCUCCGCUCUUUCAAAAUAUCAUCAAUUUGAUUGUGAUAAACUAUUACGAAAUAUUUUGGAUGAAGAUAGUGAAAGAAGACAAUCUGUAAAUAGUGGCGAAAAAAAGGGUCAAAAACUAAAAGUUGAUAAUUCAACAUUACGCGAGGCUGUGAAAAGUCGAGGUGGUGAUUUUGAAACAAAGGUUGUAGAGGAUUUGGAAAAAAGAUUGAAAGUAAUAGACUGCACUUCAUAUGAUCUAUCCAAAGCGCUCAUAACUUUACAAAAUGCUCAAGUAGGAGAGGUUCUAUAUCAAUUAAAGUUAGAUGUGCCAGAUGACUUAUACGAUCAUUUGAAGAUCAAGAACAUUGUUAGGCUAAAGUCUUUUAUCCCAGAUUUCAUCGAAAUUGUUGAAGAAAAUGGUAAAAAGCAUUUAGUGAUUUGGGAUGCAAAAUCGUCAAAAGGAACGCGUGCUUCACAUCAAUUCCAAGUUGCUGCGUACGCGUAUCUUUUAAAGCAUGUUACCAAAGACAUGCCUGAUAUUUCGAUUUCUAAAACUGGCGGAAUAUUUUUACCAAAAAAAGGUGGUGUAGAACGCCAAACGUUUCGUACAGAUUUCUUACUUUCAAAGAUUGAAAAAUUUUUAAGCACGGAUCUUCCAGAAAUAGCAACCGCAUCGGAGGUGUCAUGGCACUAUAAUUCUCGAUGUAAAACUUGUGAAUUUGUGGAUGAAUGUCGUAGUGAUGCAAAAGGUUCAAUGUCCAUGAUACCAUAUUUAUCCACGGACAAUGCGAAUGAUCUAAAACUGUUUGUUCAGAAUACGUGGAUUAAAGAAAAAAAGAAUAAAAAAGACACGAUGAUUGAAGAUUUGGAAAAUAUGUUUACCAUUGAUGAUAAUGAAUUAAGCGAACAUGUUAAAAAACUUAUUAAUAUAACUCCAAAUGAUUACUUAUCUAAUCCAAAAAUGCUACCAUUGAUUAUUAAAGACGACGAUAAUCGUCAAAUAGAUAUUGAAGAUUUGGCUGAUGACUUUACUAAACUCAAAAUAAAUAUUGAAGAUUUGGCUGAUUGUAUUGAUAAACUUAGUAUUGAUGACGAGAUAGUAACAGUAAAUGAUAGUACGGUUAAUCGAAAAAUAAAACAGAUUAUUAAAUAUGAUAAGGAUCGCAAGAAAUCACCGUAUAUUGAUGCGUUUGAAACAGAAAAAGCCCAGUUUAUUGGUACACCAACAGCAAGCUUUCCUCAAAAAACUGAUCAUAAUCUUGUAAUUACGAUGUCUUUAGAUCCUUUUGUCCUACUUCCUUUUAGUUGGGCUAUCUGUCUUUAUACUAGUGAUGGAAAAGUCAUAAAAAAAUUUCAAUACGCUGAAUCUAUUUCCAGAUAUAAAGAUGAUGAUAAUCAAUCAGUAUUUGUCUCAUUGAUGGAUAAAUUUGUGACUCGUUUAACAAAGAUAUUCGAGUUUCUCUCCCAGAAAAGGUCUCGAGCCUGUAUAUUCGUUUAUUCUGAACCGGAAAAGGUUAUGAUUCAAGAAUCAUUGCUUAAAAUAAUUCGUCUUGAUGGUAUUUCGGAAGCAAUUCAACAUACAACGACGCGUUGUCUCUAUAACUUAUUUGAAGACUGUUCUCUCUUGUUAGCCGUUGGAAGUGAUAGUGAUAAUAAUUCAGAAAUUCCUGGCGAGUGGAGAGAAUUCCCAAGACUUGUUAUUCUAGAACAAUCUUUGAGUGAGAACAUUGCAAUUUGCGUUCCCGGUUUUUACCGGUUUAUUGAUAUUUGGGAGCAAAUGGUAAAACCUACUUUGGAAGACAAACAAGAGUUGCUGAUCACUUUGGAACCCGAAAUCUCCAAAAUUGAUCUUGAAGAUAUCUAUGCAACAUGGAUAUCUGAAAAUAUGAGCGAGGAUGAAAUUAGCAAAUCUCAUUUGUUUAGAGCAGAAUUCGUUAAUGCUGUCAUUCAAGCUUAUUAUACUCUUGUUAAUAAGUCAACGGAUGAUAUCGCAUCCAAGUUGUUAUUUUCGCCACCGACAUUUGUUUUUUCAGAAAUUCGAUCUUUCUUUCACAAUUAUUUAGGAAAGUUACAUUUCUUUAAACAAUUUGAAGCUGCCAUAACAUAUUCUCGAACUAAAGCAAUUCGAUUAAAAGAUUUUUCUCAAAGUGAAACUAAAAAUGGACUUCGUGUGAAGAUAGAUAAGUUUAUUAAAAAAGAAGAUGGGCAUGAAUGGACAGUUCGGUUUAUUGUUAUAAACUGUGAUAACGAAUUUCAUGUACUUGAACCAUCACCUAUUAAAGAAUUCAUCUUAGUUGACGAUACUCCAGAGGGAAUUCUUGAAGCUAUCCGUUUCUCUGAUAUGAAAUAUAAAGAUAAAUUAUUUGGGUACCCACUCCUAGUUCUCUCACUUGUAUCGAUCGAUGAUAGCGAUCCUACACAUUUUAAUACAGAUAAGAUCUUGAAUAUGCUCGUAGAAAUUGAUGAACAACAAAGUUCUGUAUUCCUAGACAUCUUAAGAGAUCCUAAUGCGUGGGGAUCUUCUCAAUCCGAAGAACAUUUCUAUCCAAAGGAAUUAGAAGAUACUGCUUUGGGACUUCUAGAUUCUUUUUCUAUGUCUCCAUCUCAGAAAGAAAUUGCAGCAGUGAUAUUGAAAAAAAGACUACAAAUUGUUUGGGGUCCACCAGGAUCUGGAAAAACACAUUUCCUUGCAUUGUUUGUUACAUGGUAUCUGUCUACAUUUAAACCUCAACCUACAGAAAACAAAAAUUUUAUGAUCGGGGUUACAGCAUUCACCAGAUCUGCAAUCGAUAACCUGUUGGAUCGUAUUGCUAAUGUGCGAAAAGAAAGAAAUAAAACAAGCGAUUUUACAAUAGUUCGAACGGUUAAAGAGUUCAAAAACCCUAUUGAUGGUGUAAACGAUUGCAAGGCUGAGACAUUGCCCAGAAAAAUUUCGGGUGGUAAGCUUGGUAUUCCUGGUAAACCUAUCGUCGUAGGAGGAACAGUAUGGGAUUGGCACAAGAUCCGCAAAGAAUGGAAAAGCGGACAAUGGACAGGUUGUAAUAUUAUGAUUAUUGAUGAAGGAUCACAGCUUCUGGUUUCAGAUGCCAGUAUCGCACUAGAAUGUUUGAAUCCGACUAGUGGAAAAUUAAUUAUUGCCGGAGACCAUAUGCAACUUGGACCUAUUAUUCAGAAUACGUAUCCCAUUUAUGGAGAUAACCAUCCACUUAUUUUCGGAUCUAUUCAACAAUGUUUGAUGAGAAGGGAAGACGGUUUUACAUUUAAUGGAGACUAUUCAUUCCUUGAAAAAGGACAAAAACAUGUUUUUGGUCCAUGCACACUUCAACUUAGAGAUAAUUGGCGAAUGAAUGAAGAACUAAAUAAUUUCUUCCAAAACAUAUAUGGCGAUGAUUACACUUCGAAACAACCUUCUUUGAAAUUGAAUAUCGAAGACGAUAAAUUGCAGCACGUAGAUAAUCCAGAUAUAAGAAAAAUUUUAUCUCCUGAAACAGCAAUAAGUUUAGUAAAGUUAUCGUUAAAAAAUAAUGACAAAGACAAAUCACAAUCUACCAUAUCUGGAUUACUUUCAGAAAGAGUUUUGCACGCAGAAGCAGAUAUUGUAGCCCAAAUAGUGAAAGCAUAUUUUGAUUCACUUAGUAAAACCAAUUCACAGUCACGUAAACCAUCAUUAUUUAUUGUCACACCGCAUCAUCGGCAACGGCAAGUCGUCCAAUCUCGACUUGUUGAAUAUACAUCUAACCCUGAAUAUAAUUUAAAAAUAAACACUGUUGAAAAAAUGCAAGGUCAAGAAGCGGACCUUGUUAUUGCAUGCUUCGUGUUUCUCGAUCAGAAUGAAAUUGUUCGAGAAUCUGAUUUCCUAUUCGAUCGAAAUCGUUGGAAUGUGGCUAUAAGUAGAGCAAGGUGUAAAAUUGUAUUAUUAACUACACAUGAAAUGUUAUAUCCAAAAAGUAUGGAAAUAUUCUUCCAAAAAAGAUCUUCAGAAGGUUGGGUAUACCUUUCUAUGAUAGAAUCUUGGGUUAAAAAACGAUAUGAAGGAGAAAAUAAAAGUAAAUUUGGAAUAAUUGAAUGGAAAAUUGAUGGGAAUCCCGAGACAAAGAAUAAUAUUGAUUAA